AUGUCUCAUAUUCGUGAUGCUGCCAAUGUUUCCAUCGGCCCAAAACCUAAAGCUCGCUUGAAACAUCACAGCAGUGAUGACACUCUCAAAGAGCUUGUUGAAAAGCGUCACGAUCUCCGACAGCUACUUAACAAUAAUCAAUCUCUUGAUCGAACUACAUUGAGGUCAUCCAUCAACCACCUCACUAAUAGUAUCCAGAAAAGAUUAGUUGAAGUGAGGUCUGCUCAAGCUGAUCAGACCUAUAGUGAUAUUACUAACACAAACGAUUCUAGGAAAAUGUUUGAAGCAGUAAGACAUCUUCAGAAAAGUAAACCACCUAAUAACUCGAUUGGUGUUCAUGAUGAAAAUGGCUGUUUGAUUGCAUCUGACGACAUGAAAGCUUCUGUUGUUAAAGACUAUCUCGAAAAACAGCUGACUCGCAAUGAGCAACCUCUCGAGCCUUUUGAGGGUCUACCACGUGCUCUCAAUGUCCCUUUUACUGGAAUUGAAAUACAUGCAGCCACCUCUAGCUUGAAAAAUGGGAGGGCAAAUGGUCCCGAUGGAAUACCCAACGAGCUAAUUAAGUACUCUAAUAGUACAGUCCAUGAACAUUAUGCUGGAAUCAUAAACAGUUGUUUCGAGACACAUACUUUCCCCAUUUCCAUUGGAGAGGCUACUAUAACACCCUUACAAAAGCCAAAAAAACCUAUUGGUCCUCUGAAGAAUUUACGUCCACUCACCUUGUCCAAUGCAGCCAGAAAAAUUCUGUCUAUGGCUACUCUUAAAAGGAUAGAAGAAAAAGUGAACGCUUUCACUGGUCCAUGGCAGUGUGCAUAUAAACGCGCUCGUUCUUGUGCUGAUAUUGGCAUGCUGUUCAAAAACAACCCCCGACAUGGAAUAAAAUCUACUGUACCAGCACUGAACAACAAAUCACAGCGUUCUGUGGCAACUCACUAUGAAAACUCGUUUGGAGUGAAAGCGGCACAGCUGUGGAAUCUUCUCCCCAAAGAAAUUAAUUCCAUCUCUACUUUGGACCUGUUAAAAUCGUCACUGGCUAAAUUCCUUAAAGAAUUCCCCGACACACCUCCGACUAAAGGAUACACCGCUACUAACAACAACUCACUCUUGGAAUGGUACUUACAAAAAGACCCCUGUGGAGUGAUAGGAGGACGUACUUGA